AUGGCAGACCAACUUUCAGACGAGCAGAUCACAGAGUAUCGCGAAGCUUUCCAAUUGUUUGACAAGAACGGUGAUGGCAGCAUCAGUGCCAAGGAGCUUGGUGUCGUCCUUCGCUCCUUUGGCAUGAACCCUAAUGAUGCCGAAUUGCAGGAUAUGGUCAACGAUGUCGAUGCUGAUGGCAACGGCACCAUUGAUUUCCAAGAGUUCUUGGGACUGGUCAAGAACUUGAAGACAGAUAAUGAAGCUGAUGAUCUGAAGGAAGCAUUUAGAGUGUUCGAUGCAGAUGGCAAUGGAUUAAUCGAUCGAGAUGAGCUUCAGAAGGUUAUGAAGUCGUUGAACGAAGAGCUUUCAGACGAGGAGCUCAGCGCCAUGAUCAAGGAAGCUGAUGUCGAUGGUGAUGGUCAGAUCAGUUUUGAGGAAUUCAAGGCCAUGAUGGGUGCUAAAUAA